AUGGCCCCGGAUUGUAAUGAUGCAGACGGCCUUAAAGGAACUCUAUCUAGUCCGGGUACCUCUGAGAAAAAAGCUCAGGGAGAAGCCACGGGUGAUGCCGUCCUAGCUCACACACCGGCCGGAGUUAGCGAGGUCGUGUAUUCUGCAUUUCCAAAAGCACAGAAGAGAUAUAUCGUCUUUUGUACAUCCUGGGCUGGCUUCUUUUCUCCAGUGUCUUCACAGAUUUACUACCCGGCCCUAAACACCCUAGCCCAUGACCUACAUGUCUCAGGUGGCUUGAUCAAUCUGACUCUCAUGAGUUACAUGAUUUUCCAAGGGUUAUCGCCCAUGUUUGUAGGCGACUUUGCAGACAAAGCAGGCCGACGGCCGGCUUACAUCGGAUGUUUCAUCCUGUACAUAGCAGCCAAUAUUGGACUUGCACUACAAAACAACUAUGCCGCACUCUUCAUUCUCCGUUGUCUACAAAGCGCUGGAAUUAGCACCACUAUUGCGCUCGGCUCGGGGGUGGUGUCGGAUAUCGCAACUGCCGCGGAGCGGGGCUCAUAUAUGGGCUUCGUAACUGCCGGCACGCUACUGGGCCCGUCCGUGGGUCCGGUCAUCGGAGGCCUUCUGGCGCAGUAUCUAGGAUGGAGAGCUAUAUUCUGGUUUCUGACUAUAUUCGCUGGCGCCUUCACCGUCCAGUUCCUACUCUUCUUCCCCGAAACCGCCCGGAAAGUAGUCGGCGACGGUUCGAUCCCGCCUCCAACAUGGAACCUAUCAUUGAUCAACUGGUAUCAGACCAGAACAAGAAGAACAGAAAGACAGGAAGCAAACAACACCCCAGGGGAAAGACAUAACAAGAUUACCUUCCCAAACCCCCUAAGAACCCUCUCCAUCGUCUUCCAAAAAGACACAAGCAUAAUCCUCCUCUCAAACGCCAUCCUCUUCGCCGGCUUCUACGACGUCAGCGCCUCCAUCCCCUCAAUAUACCAAAACUUAUACAACCUCAACGACCUCCAAAUCGGCCUCUGCUACAUUCCCUUCGGCCUCGGCGCCACAAUCGCCUCCAUCAUCUCAGGCAAAAUCCUAGACUACAACUACCGCCGUCUCGCAAAACGACUCGGCGUCCCCCUCCACCACGGCUCCAGGGAGGACCUAAAAGACUUUCCCAUCGAAAAAGCCCGUCUGCAACUCGCUUUCCCGCUGCUAACCAUCGGUAGUCUAACCGUGAUUGCAUUCGGCUGGGUCCUACACUUCGGCAUCCAUCUAGCUGCCCCCACCACGAUCCUGUUCGUAAUGGGAUUAGGCUUGACCGGCGCUUUUAAUACUGUAAGUACGUUGCUUGUGGAUCUUUACCCGGGUAACGCGAGUGCCGCGACGGCUUCGAAUAAUUUCGUUCGCUGUUUGCUGGGUGCUGGUGCUACGGCUUUGAUUGAUCCUAUGCUGAAUGCCAUGGGGAGGGGAUGGUGUUUUACUUUCAUUGCGUUUGUUAUGUUAGGCACGGCGCCGCUUUUGGGGGUUGUUGUGAGGUUUGGGCCGCGAUGGAGGGAGGAGAGGUUGGGAAAGAGUGAAAUUCAUAGGUCUGGGGAUAGGAUGGAAAAGUGA